AUGACCACCCAACAACUGUUUCCAGACGUGCACUGGGUCUGGGAGGGAGGCAUCUCCUUCGUCUAUGAGGUUCAUCCCAGCAUCGUGGUCAAGGUUCCCAUAAACGACGCAUUUGAAAAAGACCAAUUUCGGAACGAACUCAAGAUUUACGAGAUCCUCUCUCGACAUCCGCCUUGUCCCUCAAUAGUCCGGGGGUUCCUUUACACAGACAACGGCAUUUUCCUCGAGUACAUGCGAGAUGGCCCCCUCUGUUCUAGAAUCCAAAAGAAUCACACUUUCGACCAGCAGACUAAACUCGUCACGAAAGUAGAGAGACUAGAACCUCUCACACUCCGGAAAGAAUGGAUGAAUGACCUAGCUCAAGCCGUCGCUUUUCUUGAAUCGCUCAACCUCGCCCAUGGUGAUCUCCGACCCGAGAACAUCCUAUUAAAUGGCGACCAAUUGAAACUUUCGGACUUUGAUUGCACGGCGGAAAUCGGGACAGAUUUUGAAGCUUGUUCCGCCCCAUACGGAAGAAUACUCAAUAGCAACGAGGAAACCCACCGAGAACGGGGAUCUGGUUUGCUCGGUCCUCGGACAGAAAAAUUCGCCCUAGGUUCGAUCUUCUACUUCAUGAACUAUGGCUCUGAGGUUUAUGGGGAUACACGUCUGACUGAGGAUCCUGAUAAACAUGGGUGCAAGGUUAUUGAUUUACUGCAGAACAUGCAAUUCCCGAAAUUGAAUGGUGAUCCGCUAAUUGACGACAUUAUUCUCAAGUGUUGGCACAACGACUACGUUACCAUUGCGCAGUUGGCCAAUCGUACAGCGAUACUUCUCCCUGAGAGGGUCAAUCCAAACAAUACUGACAACGAAACAAUCUCCGUCCCUCAAUGUCGUACCGACGAGGUCAUAUUACCUGAAUAA